AGCAGACACAGGUCAGAUGAUCCGAGCUACAUUGUAAAUAGACAGCGUCGAUGCACCGGGGCCAUGCCUUCAUAGACUCUUUAAAUCACCUCCAGCAGAGUAGAUAACGGAGACUCCUUGUAUUCCGACAUCGAUUCUCUAGCUGUUUUCGGGUCAUUUUGGCGUGUUAAAGUGUUAUUAAAGCAUGUACCGGUCUCUGUACGCCUUCCGAUCCUCGGAGCCCAACUCGCUGCACUUCGCGGCCGGAGAAGGCUUCCUAAUCCUGGAGAGGAGCAACAAACACUGGUGGCUGGGGUCCCGCUGCAGCUCAGGGGAAACCGGCUACAUCCCAUCGUCAUACAUCGAAAAAAUACAGGCUCCAGAGCAGGAUGAUGUGUUGCAGUCUAUUGACAGAGCAAUCGAAGGAAUCCACAAUGUGGCCUUAAAAAAUGGAGGCAAAUACAAUCUGGAACAGAGAGAUGUUCUCCAAAAGUUGAUCCAUCACAGAAAGGAGACGCUUGCACGACGAAGUUCCUCGUCGUCCUCUGGUCACAAACAAGGCCUCCCAUCUUCCAGCAGCGAAAUAUCUAUCAGUCAAACUCCUACUCCACCCAACGGCCUUAACCGAGACUACGGACGACAGGGCAGCGUGCCGCUAUCAGGAAGUGUGGACAAUAUACAGGCAGAACAGGGCUUUUAUCAGGUGCCCCCUCAACCUAGACGUGCUGCUCCGGUCACCCCACCUCCCCCUGAGAAACAGCGAAACAGCCAGCGUCCAGCUGAGCCCGAGGUCCCCUCCAGAGUGUCCUCUCUUCCUCCGUCCCCUGCUCUCACACUCUCGAUCAGCACCACCUCUUUAGAGUCUGGCUCCUCCCACUCACUGGUCUCCUCUGAUGUCAGUUUGCCAAGUGUUUCCAGCACCCCCCCUCCUCCUGUGCCUUCCCGUGUGAAGAUCACUGCACUGCCUCCAGACGUGCUCCCCUCUGACUCUGCUCCUCAGCCGGCUCCUGCAAAGAAGAGCCCGGCUCCACAGCCUCCUCCUUCACAGCCCACUGUGGAGGAGCAGCCAGAAAAUGAAUGGCCUGUUGCCCCCCCGUCUAUUGCUGAAAGCCCUCCUGGCAGCCCCACUACCCCUGAGCCAGUUCCCAUGACUAUUGGGGGUGAACUGAUUGAGCUGGUACGGAAGAACACAGGCUUGAGUUACGAGCUGUCGCGGGUCGCUGUUGGCGUGGUGGUUGGCCAUCUGCAGACGGCACUACCUCAAGCCUCCUCUGAUUUGGAACUAGUUCUCCUCUCGCUGGUGGAGAGGAAGGAUUUGAGUGCAGCGCUGCCGCAGGGUCAGGUGUGUCACGAUGAACAGAGGCUGGAGGUGAUCUUCAGCGACCUCGCCCGUCACCGGGACGACUCUCAGCAGCGUAGCUGGGCGCUUCACGAGGACCAUUCUCUCAUCGCCUGCUACCUUGAGGAGCUGCUGAAGAUACUGACUGAUGCAGAUCCAGAGGUGUGUAAGAGGAUGUGCAAGGCCAACCACUAUGAGAACGUGCUGUCCCUGGUUUCAUAUUAUCAGAUGGAGCAUCGUGUGUCUUUGCGGCUGCUGCUGCUCAAAGUGUUUGGGGCGAUGUGCAGCUUGGACGCUUCUCUCAUCUCCACCCUCCUCAACUCCAUCCUCCCGAUGGAGCUGGCCAGGGACUUACAGACUGACACACAAGAGCACCAGAAGAUGUGUUACACAGCUUUGGUACUUACUAUGAUCUUCUCGAUGGGCGAGCAGGUGCCAUAUCAUCACUACGAACACUUGAAUGCUGACUUUGUUCAGUUUCUGCUCGGUGUGGUGGAGGACGGGCUUCCGUCUGAUCCCACAGAGCAGCUGCCUGACAUCUUCCUGAACCUCCUGCUGGCCUUCAACCUGCACCUCACAGCACCCGGCAGCAAUGUGAUCAUGCAGGAGCUGAAAAAGAAAAAUGUCAAGAUCCUGUCAGAGAAAAUGCUGCUGAUUCUGAACAGAGGCGACGACCCUGUGUGUAUGUUCAAACAUGCCCCGCCUGCACCGCACUCAGUGCUCAAGUUUCUGCAGGAUGUUUUCGCCAGCCGAGAGACCGCCGACAUCUUCUACCGCACUGACAUGAUGGUGAUGAUUGACAUCGCCGUUCGACAAAUAUCUGACCUUUCCCCUGGAGACAAGCUGAGGAUGGAGUAUCUCUCCCUCAUGCACUCCAUAAUACGCUCAACGGACUACCUUGAGCACCAGCACCGCCUGUUGGACCUGCAGGGGGUGCUGCAUAGGAUUCUCAGGGAGGAGGAAGAUCCAGGAGAGGAUGAAGGAAGCGCUACAGUGAAACAGAUGGAUAAGCUAAUCGUGCAGCAGAUCUACAAGGAGUUCCCACAGAUCUGUCAGAACCAGCACUAACCAUAUCAGUAUCUGUCAUAUCAGUCUGUCCUGUCUACUGCAGGGAGGUACAAUAAAGUUUGAAAUAAGAAGAACUGAUGUUUGAUGGGACGCCCCGUAUUCUGUGCCAGCAUGUGCUAAGAGAAGUGAAUCAGUUUUGCCAAUGUUUUUUUGUACUUGUAGUCCACAGCUGCAUCGUGCUGCAUGCAGCAUGCAGCAUCACAACUUCUCCCUUCUUAAAUGAAUUUUAUUUGAAAAAGGAGUGAGGCUUUUUUUCUCUAAAUGACAAAUGCACAAAAAACCUAUGAGGUUUAUAGGAGAACCAACUGAUCAACUCUCCAAGCCAAAAUAUAGGCCAAACAUUGGAGGUUUUACAGUGAAUUCCUUAUAAUAAUUUCUUGAAAAAUAAGAAUUAACUGUAUAUUCUCAUAGUAUUGUCAAUCAAAUGUAACAGCAACCAUGACUAAUCCUUACUCUAACCAAAAUAUGUUUAACCAAAAUGAUUUCAGAACAAAUUUAACAAACAAUUAUGAAAAAGGCAGAUUUUUAUGUCAUGUUGAAGAUAAACAUGCCAUUAUUUGAACUGUUGUGAGAAUAUUCUAUGUGCUUCCCUUGUAGUGGGACCAAACUACUGUGUGUUACUGCAGCAUUAUUUUCUUAACAGAGUAUAAUACU